CAAAGUUUUGCACAUGAUUGCUGUCGACCCUCGCUGGGGCAAUUGGUACCCUAUUCCCACCGAUCCGCAACUCGUGGACUUUAGUGCCAACGUUUGCACAAUCAACGGCGCUAACUACCAAGCUUCACAGGGACAUGCAUGGGUGGAUGCGGGUCAGCUCAUGGCUGCUGGUUCAAAUGUCGAGGACCGUGAUGUGGCCACAUGGUUUCAGCACAACAAAGACGGCAUGUUGCGUGAGGUGUUGCACAAUCUUAAAUUUGUUACCGACUUUCUGGCCCAGACGGACGCCGAUACGCGGCUAAGCAUUGCACUGAGACAGCAGCGACCUGCCAAGCGGCAAGUGUGUGCUACUGCCUAUCGCCAUUUCCUUGAUCCCGAUCAUGCCCACGCAUGGGAGCAGCAUUUGCAGCGCUUUGGUCUCAAACCACACGACACCAAUGAUGACGCCGUGGUGGCUGCAGCCCAGUAUCAGAUCCUUGAACUUCUGUUGGCACACAGCAAGCUCACUUCUCUCCCCCCUGUUUGCUCGCAAAAAACUACCUUUGGCCCUGCACCAUCUCCUAGCCUGGCCUCCAACAUGACGUCCCUGGCAGAGGCGUUGCCCGCUGCUGAGCGGUGGUGUGACUCAAAAGUGUCCAAACUGAACUGUUCCACACUCACACGACAACUUGUCUUGUGUUCGACCCCUUGCACGGGCAUGAUCGUGAAUGCUGCUGCAGCGAUGCGUGAGGUAUCCGCGACCACCAAAAUGGCAGCGAUCGCCUUACUUGUGCGCCUGCAACGGCCACAGGGCACGAUUCGCCGACGUCUGGGCUUGCCUGCCCCGAUCCAUGCCGACCCGUGGCAAAAUAAAACAGCCGCGCUUCCAUCUCUGCUCAACAACGCAACUCGAUUACAACAUGCUCUCGUCGACAAUACCUUGGCCCCGCCAAUUGUCGAGCGCAACGCUCUGUUGACAACACACAAGUUACACCACGAACCACUGGGCGCCGUCACGGCCAUCUCAACCUGUCAGCCUGUCGAGAUCAACUCAACAAGCACUUGCUCCCGAGUCUCACUGCCAAUUUCCUCCAAGCCUCAACCCAACCUGGGCUUUGCUAGCGAGGCCGGACCAGCCGUGCUGCAGUUAAGCCUGGCUGCCGGCAAGGGCAUGCAGCUGCUCAAACAGUGUCUCAAGGGUUCGCGCCUCUUUGUCACCAUGGAAGCCCUUCGACCUGCUACCACCCUGACCCGUACCACCCAGGGGAUCGAGGAGCGUAUGGUGGCGGUCGAGCAGUACGUCACGGGCGUACGCCAGCACAUGGAACGUGAAGAGACGAGGCAGCAACUGAUUCAAAAUCAAAAAGAGCAGCAAGCCCUGCAAGACCAUCUGGCGCGAGUGCGAACCGCGCAGGAAAACUUGCGUGUUCGCAUGGGCUAUCAAGAGGCCGCACUCGAGAGGGCGCGUUCUCGCCGCCAAGCCGCUCGGCAGGUUGCACUCGAGGGUGAGCAAAUGGCCGAAGCAGCGCGGCAGGAGCGGGAGGCUGAGCGUGAAGCAGAACUGGACCGCGAACUUCGGGAGCAACAAGCCCAGCAGCUACGUCUGGCAGAAGCUGAGACUGAGUUGCGACGUGAAUAUGCGGAGCGUGCACAUAAAUUGGAUGAGCAGACCCGCCGCAUAGCCUGGUCAACGGAGCGUGCCAAGCACCGUGAACGACUUCAUCAACUGCUGACCACAGAAGCAGCUGAGAACCGUGCCAAAUUGUUGGCCCAUACACCAUCUGCCAUCACAACCAUUGAUGAUGAGCGAUUGGUGUCAGCGCCAGCUGAUAUGGCUGCCAGUGUCGCUGAUGAGCCGAAAGCUGAAGACUUACCCUCGACUUUUAUCGAGUCAACGACACCCGAACCGCUGGCUUCUUCAAGCCCAAAUGAGCUUGUUUCGGCGCUAGAGACAUCGGCAAUGGGUGGCAAGGACGUGCUCGACGUAUCAAAUGGGGACAAAUCAAUAGUGGCGGCUGGUAUGGCAAGUGACCAUGAUGACAUCAUUGCUCGAGCCAAAGCGCGAGCAACCCGACGCGCCGCUGCUCCGUACGCUCGUGAUAACACAGAUCUAGCCAGUCUUCGAGAACGACUCGAGCGUGUACGGCGGCGACAGGAAAACGAAGGUCAGCGCAUGCAGGACCUGCUUCAACCUGCGCACACAGACGUCCACGGACUUCCACAAGCUGCAUCUACUCACGACACCGAAGAUGAAAGUGAUCAACACCUUGCUGAGGUUGAUGAGACAGACUUGGCUGAGCCGGCGGCUGCUGCUGCAGCGGCGACGGCGGCGAAACAGCCUCGUCAGCGGCCCACAUGGGCUCCGGUCCCAGGUGUUGUGGACAAUUUGGCACGCCUUCCUGUGGAAAGUGAUGCUGGUGGCUCCAGCCAUGUGAGACGUAGCAGCUCACUGACCGGAGCUCUUGCCCAAGAUCAGAACUCUGCGAGUCAACCAUCGGACGCUGUGGCCGGCGUUGUUUGCGAUGUUUGGGAGCUGCAACACAAUUGCCGUGCUACCCGUGCGCACCACGAUGAUCUCGUAAUUGCCGCGCGCAAGAGUGCGGCCAGCUACGCUCGCACCGUGCCACUGGGACCUGAAGAUGAAAGAUCCAACGUUGCGCAAGAGGAUAUGGUUACCGCAGCUGAAACCCCGCUCAGCCAAAGUCCAUCGCCCACAGCAGGUGGUCCGUCCGACCGAGCCGCGAAUACACACGCUGUGACCAAUCACCACUCACUUCAGGCCCUGGGGCAGCGGAUGCAGCAACCUCCGUCUCGGUUGGCUACGGGUGCAGGUUCCAUCCUCCGUUCGCCCGAUGACGCUGCAUCCGCAAGCGCGCGCACACCUGAUUCAGCCCCGGUGCCGCUGGAAGAGGCCUUCAAUCUUGCCGUCCUGGGACCGCUGCGCGCUCAAUGCCAGAUCGUUCAAGCCGCCAUCAUGGCGUACUUGCGUGACGAUCUGGGCCUGGCUGCACACAUGGAAGCCUUACACCGGAUGGUUCUCCAUGGUGAUGGUGAUUUUUCGCACGCCUUUGGCUUGGCCCUGAAUCAAGCUCCGAGCCCCGCCACGCCGCGCGCGCCCGUGGAAGCGGUGCCCAUGACAACAGUUCUUGCUUUUUCGCGUUCCAAAUCCACUGCCACUGCGGUGCUGGCGGCAGCAUGGCAGGAGUAUGUGCAGCAAGUGGAGCGUGCCAAGUCACUGGACGAGCUUUGUCAACACACCGCAGGCUUUGCCAAGCUAUUGCUGCGGCGGUUCGUUGGCGGUAGAAACAGCCUUUCUUGA